CACUACAUUGGCGCGCUGUUUUGACGAAGAAAGAAAGCGGACAGGAGGAUCUAGAUCUGUUUUCGGCUCACUUCUGAAAGUGCAUUAAAAUGCUAUUUUCAAACUCUUCAAAAAGUAACAUACGUCGACGAUAUAUGUAUUACAUACUAGCUAGUUUGGUUUUGAUUUCUCGAUUAUUGUAAUCAAUUUAGUUGUACUUAUUGAGCGUUAUGAAACAACUGGAGAUUGCGUGAGUUAAAAUAGAACGUCGCCAAUUGUUGUAUGCAAUGUUUAUAUACAGUGUUUGAAUUAAAUAAUAUCGUUGAGAAUGAGUACAUUACUACCACCAGCAUAAAUAUAUAUUUGUUAUAGUUGGUCGUAGUUGAAGAAUGAAGUUCUGUCAGCUGGUUUACAGAGUCAAGUGUGUGGACCCUGCGCGGCUGGUCACUGGGCGGUUUUCUCUCGUGGCCACUGGUUCUGUUUCUUGCAUUUCCACGUCUUGUCUCAGCAAUGCCCGUAAAAAGACUAGCCAGUACAGUUCGGUGGACACAGAAAAGUACUCCUCACUCGUAAAAUCCGUAGUUUCCUUAAGAAUAAGCUCCCAGACCCCAGCCAGCCUCGAAGAGGAGGAUGGGCACAUUUAUGGUCCUGUUGUCAAAUCAAAACCCGCCACAAAACGUUCUCCGAAGACCCCCUUCCCGCUGGUGAACAGCAGAACGAUUUCAGACCGGAUUGACCUGAUGUCGGAAGCGGAGCGGGGACCCCCAAUUCGUAUCGCGCUGCAGAGGGGCGCGGGCAGAUCCACCACCCCGAGCGUGACGCGUAUUCUGCAGCAAACCAUGCCGCCCGACCAGGCGUUUUAUUUGGAGAGGUGGAAGAAGAGAAUGAUUGCCGAACUAGGAGAAGAAGGGUUCAAGGAGUACACUUUGAACAUUUUCCGGCAGGGAAAACAGUUCCACACAGCCUUGGAGACCAUUCUCAUGGCAGGGGAAGUUCCAGCAGAGGAUGCAGAGGCCUCGGAAGCUGUGGAAGGAUACUUGGAAAGCAUUCAGCAUGUGCUGCAGGACAUCAGCGACGUUCGGGCCAUUGAGAGUGCAGUUCAGCAUCAGUCGUUAGGCUACCUGGGCUUGGUAGACUGUGUGGCCCAAUUCAGGGGUAAACUUUGUGUGAUUGACUGGAAGACGUCAGAGAAACCCAAGCCCUUUCUUCACAGCACAUACGACAACCCCCUGCAAGUUGCCGCCUAUAUUGGGGCCUUAAACAAUGAUGACAAUUACAAGUACCAGGUGGAGAGAGGCUUGAUUGUCGUGGCCUACAAAGACGGCACGCCUGCUCACCCCCACGCCAUGACCUCUGACCUCUGUCAAGAUUACUGGACAAAAUGGCUGCUCCGGCUGGAGGAGUUUGUGGAAAAGAAGUCCACUGCCUCAGAGCUGUAAAAUGGGAUUCUAUGCAGGGAGCAAUCUUCUGACUUUCCGUUACUUUUGUAAACUGUUGUUUUCUCCAACAGAAGAUUCCCCAGACCACCUUGUGCGCGGUGUUUAUAUUGCAUUUUAUUUCUGUAUUAAUAAAAGAAAACAUAGUAGUUUUGUUGUUCUGUCCAGAGUGCACCUCACUUAAAUUGAAUUGUAGUCAUAACUGUAGUUGCUAGAAUUUAACGGGAUUUUCGGUUUUGGACUAGUCACGUCUUGCAGUUUUACCCAUUUCUGAGUUGGGGCUGUUUUUGCAGGGUUUCAGCAUCCAUUUUGAGAAGUAAUAUAGACUUGAGAUUCAUGGAUUUUAGCUACAAGAGCAUCAUAGACAGAUGCUGAUUCGGUUAUUUCACAAAAACAUUUAUAAAUCCUCCGAAAGGCAAUCUCAUGGCAUUAAACAAAACCAUUUUGCGCAAAAGCAAAAUUGCUUCAGUUUUUUGUUCGCCAACACAGCAUUAUGGUUUAGUCACUGUAUAUGUACACAGUGUCUCCCCUUGUUAAGCUGGUUUCUGCAUCCUGAACCUAAGUGGGACUGUUUGUACACUGCAUAAAAGUCUGCCAAACUA